GUUAUGGUCUCCUGUGCUAGGCAGACUACAUACUAGAAAGAAGACCGUCUUUCCUUCUAUGUCCGGGGCUUGUCAGCAACUGUUUUCCAGGCACUAUACUUUGGUUCAUGCAGAAAUGCACACCUGCCGUCGUCAUUUUCAUACUGGGCAUCGUGAUGAUCAUCCGGUUACACGCCAUGUAUCAGGGAUCCAGAAAGAUGCUCAACUUUCUCGUUAUAGCUUUCCUGGCUCUCAUGUUCCUAACCGGAGUUCUUCUCGCAUUUGGAGAUCGCACUUAUGUUCGGGAGAUGUUUAUCCUCAAUGGCGCCUACACGGUGACAUAUCAGUGCCUGAGCCUCCCUGUGGAUGGAGAUGCCUCAAUUAUGAUUGACAGUGAUUUGGAGUACGUGACUGGACUCGCAUGGGAGGUCCUCGCCUUGUGCCUCGCAGUCUGGAUUGUCAUAAAACACUUUUGUGAACUACAACGGCAACCGAGAGGAUGGAACAUCAAGGAUUGUUUCACAGUGUUAAUACAGACGCACGUGCUUUACUUUGUAGCCUUUGCUCUUACCUCCUCCCUCAAACUCGGAAACAUAUCCCAAAAUAUGAUGAAUGACUCAAUUGUCUUGUACGAGGGCUUCAUCCAAAUUGUCACCGUCGUGCAGUUGUUUGUACUUGGACCACGCCUCAUCCUUAGCGUUCGAGUAUAUCACUACCAGCUUCUGGCCGACUCCGACGAAGGAACUGCCAUGACUGCAAUUGCUUUUCAGGAGUGCUCACGGGAGUCGAUUGGCAGUGAUGUGUAGCGCGGAAGUGGCUUUGCAGGUACUGCGUUGAGUACUUUGGUAAGGGUUCAGUGGUGCGCCCGUGAGGUGGAAGAGGUGUAGAAGCAGUGAAAUGGACAUGUUCAAAUUGCGUUCAAAGGGUGUUAUACUACCUGAUGCCAAAAAUUGACAUAUGCUGUGCAAUUGUUUCCCCCUCGACCAAGGAUGGAUGAAAUUACUUGUUGAAUUCCCAAAACACAAGCAAGUACUCUCCUCGUUGACGAGGCCGCGCGCUGGGCUAAGGAUUCCAAUGACCGGAACUUCAACUGAUACACAGACGAGUUGGAAGCUUAAUAUUUUCUGCUCCUGGCUGCACUCCUGAUACUGAUGCUCAGCAAACGGGGCCCAAC